AUGGAACUGGUCACAACCAAAAGUAUCAGACCUGGGACCCUUCCGCGUACUCUAAUGGCCCACUAUAAAUUGGCUACCAGAGUUCGAGAUCUCAACAACGGGAGGAAUGUUGGCGUUAAACAAGGCACUGCCACUCUUACCUCAAAGUAUCGACGUAGUUCAGCGUACGACUAUUACAAGGCUGCCGCCAAACGGCCCAAUGUCGACAUUUUUCAUAACGCCCCUGUUCAGCAGAUCAUGUUCUCGAGGAAUGCAGCUGGAGUCCCCGUUGCGACUGGUGUCAGCUUCAUUGAUCACUCUCAGGGUCGUCACCGCAGUAUUGCCGCUUCAAAAGAGGGUAUCGGUCCAGAAGCCACGCUUGAUGCUUUCAACAUCGAGCCUGUUGCGAUCAAUGAAAACGUAGGACAGCACAUGGUGGACCAUAACCUAUACAGCAUCUCAGCCACAGUAGUCCCCGAAGCUUCGACCCACCAGCUCAUGUUUAACUCAACAGCCGUGGAAGCCUCGCAAGAGGAAUAUUACACUACUGGCAAAGGAGUCAACACGGCUCCCGGAGGCGUUACUAAUGGUUUUCAAGAGCUAUCAGGAAAAAAGCUUCAAAAGAUUUGUGCUGAAGCCGUCAUCGAUGCUGGACUUGCCAACCGAUCCACUGUGGAACUUUUGUUGGAAUCCUUCUUCCAUCCUAAUAGCCCAGGUCCCACCUACGAACCAUCAUCGGACCAGUCAUAUAUAUCCAUCUCGGUAUCGAGCAUGGUGGCUCUAUCCAAGGGUAACAUCACCCUCCAGUCGAGCGGCAUGUCCGAUACUCCAAUCAUCAACCCCAACUACUACACUCACCCUGCUGAUCGCGCUAUCGCCAUCAACGCGUUCCGCGACGCACGGAAGAUCCUCGACCAUUCUGCUUUUGCAAACCUAACCGUUGGGCCGAAUCACGGAGAGGCUGCGCCUGGUAGUAUCAACAUUGCUUCUGAUGACGACGAGGCCAUCUUUGACUACACCAAGGUUACAACUGUUCCCAAUUGGCACGCCUCUGGAACUAAUCGCAUGCUUCCACUUGAGGACGGCGGCGUUGUCGACUCUCGGCUUCGCGUCUAUGGAGUGCAAGGCUUGAGAGUCAUUGACAGUAGCAUCAUGCCUACAGUGCUAGAUGUUAACAUCGCUGGCCCGGUGUACGUGUUAGGAGAGCAUGGAGCAACUAUGAUUAAGAAGGACCGGGGUAUCUGA